AUGCUCUCCUACGGAUACCCGACCCUCUCCUCCUACGGAUACCCGACCCUCUCUUCCUACGGGUAUCCUCUCCUCUCCUCCUACGGAUACCCAACCCUCUCUUCCUAUGGCUACCCCUAUGGAUUGCCAACCCAGACCGUUCUUCCUGGCUCCGUCACGGUCGGUCAACCGAUCCAGAGCGCCAUCAUCCCUGAGACCACCGUCCCACUUCAGACUGUUGCGCAGCCCUACCUGAAUAAGACCAUUUCGGUGCCGAUUCUGAACAACUCGUACUACCUCCCUGGAAACAUCUACCAGACUGGCGUUAUCCCCACUACCAUUGCUCCCCAGUAUGGAUACGCCUCGUACCCCUAUGCUACCACUGUCACUGCCAAAGCCUGA